AUGCCCUCCCCCACCGACUGGCCGGGAUCGGUCGUGCGGUCCACCUUCAUCGACUUUUUCAAGUCCAAGGGCCACACUUUCAACCCCUCCAGCCCUGUCGUGCCUGUGAACGACCCCACCCUGCUCUUCUCCAAUGCGGGCAUGAACCAGUACAAGCCCAUUUUCUUGGGCACCGUGGACCCCGCCUCGGACCUGGGAAAGCUCAAGCGCGCCACAAAUGCCCAGAAGUGCAUCCGUGCCGGCGGCAAGCAUAACGAUCUGGACGAUGUGGGCAAGGAUGUGUACCACCACACCUUUUUCGAGAUGCUGGGCAAUUGGUCCUUUGGCGACUACUUCAAGAAGGAGGCCAUCGGCUGGGCCUGGGAGCUCCUAACCAAGGUGUACAGUCUGCCUGCUGACCGCCUGUACGCCACCUACUUUGGCGGCGACGAGCGCCAGGGACUGCCUCCCGACCAUGAGGCCCGUGACAUCUGGCUGCAGUUCCUGCCUGCCAACCGCGUGCUGCCCUUCGGCACCAAGGACAACUUCUGGGAGAUGGGCGACCAGGGCCCCUGUGGUCCCUGCACCGAGAUCCACUUUGACCGCAUCGGCGGCCGCGAGGUGCCCGACCUCGUCAACAUGGACGACCCCAAUGUGCUGGAGGUGUGGAACCUGGUGUUCAUCCAGUUCAACCGCGAGCCCGACAGCAGCCUGAUCAGCCUGCCCGCGCAGCACGUUGACACGGGCGCGGGGCUGGAGCGCAUCACCUCGGUGCUCCAGGGUCAGAUGAGCAACUACGCCACUGACCUGUUUGCGCCCAUCUUCGCCGCCAUCCAGGCGGCCACGGGCCACGCCGAGCCCUACACCGACCGCGUCGGGGCUGAUGAUGUCGGCAACAAGGACAUGGCCUACCGCGUGGUGGCGGACCACAUCCGCACCCUCUGCUUCGCCAUCGCCGACGGCGCGCGGCCUGGAAACGAGGGCCGUGACUACGUCCUGCGCCGCGUCCUGCGUCGCGCGGUGCGGUACGGGCGCGAGGUGCUGGGCGGCCCCCAGGGCUUUUUCUCCACGCUGGUGCCGUCCGUGAUCGACUCCAUGGGCGAGGCCUACCCCGAGCUGGAGCGGGCGCGGGGGACCAUCACCGAGGUCAUCCGCGACGAGGAGACCUCCUUCUCCCGCACCCUGGUCAAGGGCAUCGAGCGCUUCAAGAAGGCGGCGGCCGAGGCACAGGACGGCGUGGUGUCCGGCCCCGAUGCCUUCCUGCUCUGGGACACCUUUGGCUUCCCCGUGGACCUCACCGAGCUCAUGGCCGAGGAGGCAGGCCUGCGGGUCGACAAGCCCGGCUUCGAGGCCGCCAUGGAGGAGGCCAAGGAGAAGGCGCGAGCAGCAUCCAAGAAGGGCGCGCGGGAGGGCCUGCGCUUCGAGGCGGAGGCCACCGGCUACCUGCAGAAGAACGAGGUCCGCACCACGCUGGACGGCGCCAAGUACUCCGAGGAGCCCGUGGACACCUGGGUGCUGGCCAUCCUGACCAAGCAGGGCUUCGUGGAGAGCAGCGCAGGGGUGGAGGAGGGCCCGCUGGGCCUGGUGCUGGGCUCAACCGGCUUCUACGCGGAGCAGGGCGGCCAGGUGGCAGACACCGGUGUGAUCACGGCCGGCGCCGCCAGAUUUGCCGUUUCGAGCGCCCAGGUGGCGGCAGGGUAUGUGCUGCAUUUGGGCGACCUCGAGUCCGGGGAGAUCAAGGUCGGCGAUGCCGUCACCGCCAGCAUCGACGUGGAGCGUCGCCGGCGCAUCAUGCCCAACCACACCUACACCCACGUAUUGAACUGGGCGCUGCGCGAGCACCUGGGCGACCACGUGGACCAGAAGGGGUCCAUCGUGCAGCCCGACCGCCUGCGCUUCGACUUCUCCAACAACGGCCCGGUGGCCCCCGAGGCUCUGGCCGCCAUCGAGGCCACCACGCGGUCCUACAUCGCGCGUGACGAGCGCGUAUAUGCCCAGGAGGUGCCCCUGGCCCAGGCCAAAGGCAUCCACGGCCUGCGCGCCAUGUUCGGCGAGGCCUACCCCGACCCGGUGCGUGUCGUGUCCAUCGGGCGCAGCGUGGAGGAGCUGCUGGCCGACCCGGGCGCGGAGGGCAACCGCGCGUACUCGGUCGAGUUCUGUGGCGGCACGCACCUGGCCUCCACCGCCGGCGCGCGCGCCUUUGCGCUGCUCAGCGAGGAGGGCAUUGCCAAGGGCGUGCGGCGCAUCGUGGCCGUGACGGGGAGCGAGGCUGAGGAGGCCGCAGAGACGGCCGAGGCGCUGGCCGCCGAGAUCCGGGGGCUCCGAGGGUCUUUCGUCCCUGGACGACCUUGCCGCCAAGAUCAAGACCCUGACCGUGUACAGAGGGUGCUGGACGAGCAGAAGCGCGAGGCGGCGGCGAAUAAGGACCGUGCCGUGGCGGCGGCCGUCACGGCCGCCGACGCCGCGGCGGCGGUGGGCUCCCGCUUCCUCAUCACGCGGCUGGACGUGGGCUUGGACGCCAAGGCGGUGCAGGAGGCGUGGAACGCCAUCGCCAAGGCCCACCCCUCCCUCCCCGUCCUCCUGGCCUCGGCGGGGGAGGACAAGGCCCUGGUUUUCGCCGGGGUGCCCAAGGAACUGGCCCCCGGCUUCCCUGCCGGCGAGUGGCUCAAGGCGGCGCUGGGCGCCAUCGGCGGCAAGGGCGGCGGCAAGCCCACCUUCGCCCAGGGCAUGGGCCCGGAGGUGGGCAAGCUGGACGAGGCACUGGCGGUGGCGGGGAAGCUGGCCACCCUCAAGCUGCAGUGA